AUGAGUUCUGAAGAUGAAGAUCGUAAUCUCACGGUGGCUCAGGCUCAAACCACCGCUGCCUCCGUUGCUUCUCCCGCCGUCGCUUCAAGCUCUCAGCCUCUAGGCUUAGACCUCUGCCUCGAUUCUACGCCUCUAGGCUCGGACCUCUCCCUCGGUCUGCCCAGCUCUACGCUUCAAGAGGCUCAGGCACAAACCACGGCUGCCUCCGUUGCUUCUCCGGCCGUCGCUUCAAGCUCGAGGGGACCAAGAGCUUUGAAUUUCUCAUUCACCAAGAUAACAAUUGGUGAUUGGACCCAAGAUACGGCCAGCUCCGGAGAUCUUAUGGCUAAAUGCUUUUUUGGAAAGAGGCAACUUGUCUGGGAGUUGCUCGUUGAGUUGCGUGAACCACCAAAGUUCUUCAUAGAGAAUGAUGAUCCCCUGGCAGACACUAAAUGGAUACCGAUCGAAUAUUUCACCCAAAAUCAUCCUUCUUCAAUUGACAGGAGGCAUGAACUUCAUUUUGAUCCUAAAGUUCUUGAGACGAACAUCAAUAAGAUUGUAACGAGUGAUAUCUUCUGGUCCACGCUUGCCCCUUACCCAUCUCUAGCAGAAUCUACCUUCUUCGUGGCUGGCGCUGGUGACCAAGACGCAUCUCGGAAAAGGAAAGAACGAGAAGAGUAA